AAUUAGCGAAACGACUUGAAGGAAAACAAGUAUGGACGAAUGCAGUUCAUCCAGGUUUUGUCAACACAAAUAUAUCACGAGAAUUCUUAUCCAACCAAGGAUUCUUGACUAAAUCAAUCAUAUACAUUGCAAAAGCAUUGUUUGCGAUGAAUGAAGACGAUGGUGCUCUAACAUCAUUGUACGCGGCUACGAGCCCCGAAAUUGAAAAAGAAGAUCAUCGCGGCAAGUAUUUUGAGCCGAUUGCGAAAUUGGGAAUGCUGAAACCAUUUGCUACGAAUCAAGAGACUGCUAGUCGGCUGUGGAAAUGGACUGAAGACUUGCUCAAUGAGAAAUUAGGAAUUUGA